CGAACAUUGGCCCGGAAAGAGUCGAGAUGCCGAGGCAAUAAUCAACCCCAGACAUCAACCGGAGUCUCUUGUCUGUGUCAGCACAAUGGGCGGCGACAGCAAUAAGUAGACUGUCCCGCCGUUGUUUCUUGUCCUGACCGUCCCAGCUUUGCCAAUUGUCUCCCUGCUGCCAUUUCUCAGCUCUCAAUCGUUGCCAGAACAGACAGUCCACCAUGGCCACCCAAAGACUCGGCUCCAUCUUCUCCCACCUGACCCCUCACAAGAGCGGUGUUGCGGCCAUCACCCAAAAGAACCCCGACGACAUUGUCAUCACCCUCGCCAUCCGGACACCUCUGGCCAAAGGCAAGAAGGGCGGAUUCAAGGACACUGAUCUCGACUACAUCGUCUAUGCCCUCUUAAAACAAGUGUUGGACAAGAGCAAGAUCGACCCUGCAUUGGUUGAAGAUAUCUGUUUGGGAAAUGUCGGCGACCCAAGAGCAGCAUACAAAGUCCGAGCCGCCAUGCUGGCCGCCGGAUUCCCAGACACAUCAGCCGCCAGCUCCGUGAACCGAUUCUGCUCAAGCGGUCUGAAAGCAGUGCAAGACAUCGCGAACCAAAUCUCCAGCGGCAGCAUCGACAUCGGACUCGCCAUGGGCGGCGAGAGCAUGACCAACAACCGGGGCGCCGACACUCCGUUCUCGCCCGAGAUCAUGGCCAACCAAGAAGCCGUCGACUGCACACAGCCCAUGAUCCAGACGUCAGAGAACGUCGGCAACGACUUCAACAUCUCGCGGCGCCAACAGGACGAAUAUGCCGUCGAAUCUUUCCGGAGGGCCGAAGUUGCGCAGAAGGCUGGCUGGUUCGAGGACGAGAUUGUUCCUAUUACCACGAAGAUCAAGGAUCCUAACACGGGAGAACUCAAGGAGAUUACGCUCACCAAGGAUGAAGGGCCACGGUAUGGGACUACUCUCGAGGGAUUGUCGAAGAUUAGACCUGCGAUGCCGCAGUUUGGCGAUAAGACGACGGGUGGAAAUGCUUCGCAGGUCACGGAUGGAGCCGCCGCCGUUCUUCUAAUGAAACGAUCCAAAGCAAUCGAACUCGGCCAACCCAUCCUCGCCAAAUUCUGCGGCGCCACCGUCGCCGGCGUGCCCCCUCGCAUCAUGGGCAUCGGUCCCUCAGCCGCCAUCCCGAAAUUGCUCGCCAAGUUCCAAUUGACAAAGGACGACAUUGACAUUUUCGAGAUCAACGAGGCUUUUGCCUCCAUGGCCGUUUACUGUCUGAAUGUGUUGGGACUGGACCAUUCGAAAUUGAACCCUCGUGGCGGUGCUAUUGCCUUGGGGCACCCGCUCGGCGCUACUGGUGCCCGGCAGAUUUGUACGAUUCUCUCCGAGGCCAGACGGACGAAGAAGAAGAUUCUGGUUACGUCUAUGUGUAUCGGAACUGGUCAAGGUAUGGCCGGAUUAUUCGUCAACGAGCAAUUGUGAAAGGGGAAAGCGAAAUCGAAAACGGAAAAAGGGGAUGCAAUUUGAAGGAGGUUGCACUUUAGUGCCUAUCUAGUUUUUAAGCCAUCCAUCGUUUGGCGGAUGGGUGGUCAAAAUUUGAAUUCGAACUCCCUUCUCGCCUGUCUUUGUUGCACUCGUCUGGAGCCAAUUGUGUCUUGUCUCGUACUGUAUCAUCCUUACUCCUCGCACGGUACUGUGUCGCAUUGUGUCCAAUCAGCGGCUGAACACUGGUCACUGUCACAGAUGGAUAGUGGAUGGAUGCGAAGGUCAGGGCCAAGAGACUCUACUCUACUCUAGGUUCCCAACAUCCUUGAUAUCAGUCGGGUACCUAGGGCAGUGGUUUCACUCCAUGAAUGCGAUGGAUGGAUGCCUGUCAUCGGUGACGAAGGCAUUUUUCCAUUCUGUUGUUAUGAGUACAUCAUUCUGCUGGAGGGUGGACAAACCAACUCAAAAAGGAAAUCUGUCCAAAAGUAUCUUAGUACCUACAUGCAUGAUCCUAGUCAUCCCGACAUUACCUGGUCGCCUAAGCAUGGUAGUAGGCGCCUAGGUAGGCCUC